CUAACGAUUCCUAUUCGGCAGAUAACCCACAGGAGUCAAAUCAACACUUUAUUUCUAGUUUUCCUCUUUAAUUCCAAUAAUAAUUAUUGCCUUUCAAAGCAAGCAUAAAACUCCGUCUGGGUUUCGUUUCCUGCGUCUCACUUUGAAUUUUUGGAUUCAUGAAUUGGUGGCGAUCGUCUUCAGUACCCAAUUGAAGAAUGAUACUGUCUUUGAGUCUUUUACUUAGUGGGUUUCUUGUUGGGGUGCUGGCAAUUCUGGCUUUGGAAGCUGUUGGGGUGCUGUACGUGUUGAGUCGGUUGAGUCAGAAGACCAAACAAGAGUCUUCCGUUGAUGAGGCUAAGAAAGGAAUUUGCAGAGAAGUUGAUUCUCAACAGUCUCUCGAUUUCGCCGACAACAAGCAGGGGAUGGUUUGGAUUCUAGAACCAGAGAAAGUUCCAAAAAAUUCCCUGGUGGAAAAAGUGCUCAGAGAGCAAAAGAGAAAAAGAGAUUUCUUUGAGGUAUCACCGGUUCAGAAAUAUGCUAUAGUCAAGGAUCAGAAAUUAAUCUUGAAAGAUACUGAUGGCACCAAAACAACAACCAUUCAGCUGAAAGGCUGUACAAUUGAAGCAGUUUCUGCAUCUAGCUUUCCCUCAAGAAAAUGGGCUAAGAGAUUUCCCAUAAAAGUGGAAAACAAGACUUCACUAAUAUAUGAUGGCAGUAAAAUCUUGUACCUUUAUCUUGAGACUUCAUGGGAGAAGGAAUCGUGGUGUAAAGCACUACGUCUUGCUUCAUCUGAAGACAAGGAAAAGCUUCUCUGGUUUACCAAGUUGAAUGAAGAUUUCCACAGUUUUCUGGUGUCUCUAAAUGCAGGAUAUCCUUCAUUUAUGAAACCCUCCACAGGAUUUAACACGGAGCCAACGGAUAAAGGACAUAGGUUUGAUGGAUCUUCAUCAAAGGUUCGCUUGUUCUGGAAAAAGUUUUCUAGAAAGACCUCUGCAAAGUCUUCUGUAGAAAGUAAAGGUACUUGGACAAACCCAUCCAUCCGUGAAGAGAGAAAAACUUCUGAUAAACUGCAUUCAUCACAAGAUUCAGUGACAAAUAAAGUGUCUAAUAGUUCAGUAGAGGAAAAUACAAUAGUUCCACCCUUGUCAACCUGCUUUCAUUCAGGAAGUCAAAACUAUACAUCUGUUGCCUCUGAUGCAGAAUCUGAAGACAGGUUUAGUUUUGAUGAAGGAAUACUAUGCUUGAAUUUGUUAAUUUCUCGGCUGUUUUUUGAUGCCAAAAGCAAUACAGGAUUGAAAACUGCAAUUCAAGCACGAAUUCAGAGGACAUUGUCCAAUAUGAGGACCCCUACUUACAUUGGUGAUGUCAUCUGUACUGACAUAGACGUCGGGAAUCUGCCACCUUAUAUCCAUGGAAUGAGACUUCUUCCUGCAGACAUGAAAGAGGUAUGGGCUUUUGAAGUAGACAUUGAAUAUUCUGGUGGGGCUGUAUUAAAUGUUGAAACAAGACUUGAAGUUCGUGAACCAGAUCUUCAAAAGGGUAUAAUAGACACAACAUCAGAACAGAAUUCAUCUGGAAAUUUAUCUUCAGAACUACUUGAAGGCUUUGAGUAUUAUGGAAAGCAGUUGAAUCUUUCUGAAGGGACUCUUGAUGUGGUUGAGCAAAAGAAUGAAGCAGAUGCAGAGCCUAAAGUUGAUGGCGUAAAGAGCUAUAAAGGCACAGUGCUGACAACAAAUUAUCUGUCCCGGUGGAAGUCUAUGCUGAAUUCCAUAGCCAAACAGGUUUCACAGGUGCCUCUCUCUUUAUCAAUAAGGGUUGCAUCCCUUCGUGGAACGCUGCAGUUACGUAUAAAGCCACCUCCUUCUGAUCAGUUAUGGUUUGGCUUCACAUCCAUGCCAGAUAUAGAGUUUGAUCUAGAGUCCUCUGUUGGCGAACACAAGAUUACUAGUGGACAUAUUGCUUUAUUCUUGAUAAACAGGUUCAAGUCAGCCAUACGGGAAACUAUGGUGCUUCCAAACAGUGAAAGUGUUUGUCUUCCUUGGAUGUUAGCAGAGAAGGAUGAUUGGGUCCAAAAGAAAGUUGCUCCGUUUAUAUGGCAUAAUCAAGAAGCAGUUGGUGAUAACAGCAGCUUGUCUGAACCUUGCAGCCCCCAACUUACUGAAGCAAAAUCCAAAGAAACCAGUAAUGUAUCUGCAAGUGAUUGUCCGGAAAGCAAGUAUCAAAAGCACAGGAAGGCCGAAAGCUUUAAGCAACCAAUCAGUGAAGCAAGUUCCACAGUUCCAUCUAUAAAGGGCAGCAAGUCCUUGCAAGAACUAAAAACUCCACUAUUAGCAGGCGAUGAACUGCAUGAAGCAUGCAACAAAAACAUAGAAGAAAUCCCAGCUUGUCAAUCAACAUCCAGGUCUUCUGUACAACUUGGAAAACAGAAUUCUACAGCUGAAGAUGAUGAUUCAAGGCCAAAGAAAACGGGGAGAAGGGCUAGGAUGCUUGAUUUGGGGAAGAAGAUGGGGGAGAAAUUUGAAGAGAAGAGGCGUCACCUAGAAGAGAGGAGCAGGCAUAUUGUUGAGAAGAUGAGAGGGAACGAGAUCAACUAAAACCCCGGUUGUGGAACUCACAAAAUAUCAGCAGAGGUAGCCAUCAAACCCUGAAGGAUACAUUCACUCAUUUCUGGCAUGAGAAACUGGAAUGAAAACACUGGACCUGAGUCCCAGAUUGACAUUUAUAGUUGACAAUAAAAUAGAAGCAUAUUUAAGAAAUAUUGUGCCAGACUUCUAGGAGAGAUGUACAUAGUGGUUACUAUUUAUCUCUGUAGAGUGGUCCAUCAUCUUCCAUUUAUUAACCCAGACGGCAUCUAGUUCUUUAUUGUUACUGUGGUGACAUUAGAUUGGUUUGGUUAAGAAAGUUGAUCUUAUCAUGGCAGAACAUUUUUGCCAUAGUAACUUUUUAAGGGAUGAUUUAAUUCUUGCAUCCUGACGGUCUUGAAAAAACUCAAGUCAAUUUAGAUUUUGUUUGGUAUGACUGUUGAAAUUUAACAAUAGAUUGCAAUGGUGGAUGAUGAGGAUAACUAAUAAAGAUAUUUUAAAUUA